AUGAAGGUUGGGGAAUUCAUAACCCUCCUUAUUUUAUGCCGUUGUUUGCCACUUGUCGCCUCGGAUUGUGAAGAUCUCAUAAGUGAUUGCAAGACCGAUGCAAAGAGCUGUCGGACUGCGGCGAUGAAGAAGAACUGUCCUCUUUCAUGUGGGAUCUGUGUCGCCGGAUGCAACGAUCGGUUUGCAAAGUAGGUGUGAUCUAAUAAAGGAAUAUUUUAUCCAUCUUCCAGCUGCAAAGGCUGGGCAAAGAAGGGAUUCUGUGAUGUGAGUCAAUACCCUAUCUACAAGGCUGAUAUUUUCUGUCAUUAUUCAUGUGGCUUAUGCGAGAAGGAAGACACGGAUAGUGAAGAAGAAGGUGAGAAGAAAGGGCCAGCUAAGAAGAAAGCGCCAGCUAAGAAAGAGAAAAAGCCAGCCAAGAAGCAGCCGGCAGCCACUGCUUCCGAUAGUGGUGAUGAUCUAAGUUGCGAUGACGCCACUGUCGAAAUACCGGCCUCAGCCAAAGGAGGAUUAGUGGUGGAGAAGAAGAGAGGAUAA